UGGGGAUUUAAAGAAAGAGGGGGAAACGGGGGCCAAAAAAAAAAAAGGGGGACUUCGCAUCUUUCUCUCUGCAUCUCCUGCGCUGCUGUGAGGCUGGAGAGGAUCAUGCAACACCUUAAACCAUGGCGAGCUCUGCUCCUUUUGACGGUGAUGUGCCAACCAGGGAACUCAGACAAAUACGGUUGCCUGUUUGAGAGAAAACUGUGCACGAGGGAUCAGUUCUGCUCAGAUGAUGGACUAUUUGGUCAGUGUCAUAGCUCUAAGCAGGACCAGGUCCAGUACCAGGUGUCAGUUCCUGUUCUGAAGAGGAUGCAGGAAGUCCUCAAACAGCUCAUGCUACAAGGGCUUUCAUGGCAGGAUGACAUCACCCAGUAUAUUUUAUCAAAGGAGCUGAAGAGAGUUCCCCAUACCACCCACCCCUCUAAGCCGAACUCCUCUUCCUCCUCUUCUCAUUCACCUCAGUCUAAACAGCAAAUCCCCCAUCACCACAGUUCCAAGUCGGGGUCCACACCUCCUGGUGGCAACUAUGUGGACUACAUGAUUGUUGAGCCUCCCCAGUCCCAGCUGCGCAUGCAGACAGCAUCUAUGGACCCAUAUACAUACCACCAGCAUAGGUACCAAGAUGAAGCAGAGAGAUCCCUCAUAGGGGCAGGAGGCAGCUAUGCCCGCCCUUAUUCAAGGUCCCAGAGCAAUCAGAGAGAGCGAGAGCGAGAGCGUGACAGGCAGCUGCUACAGGAAGCCUUGUCUCUCUACCUGGCAUCUGCGCAGCCCUCAUAUCGCCACAGAGGGGCCUCUUCCAUGGCUCCUGCAGGUCUGCCUUACUAUGAGGACUUGCGACUGGAGAUACCAGUGGACUAUGUGGAAGACUACACCCUAGAGGAGAGACUUGGUACUGCAGGCAGACAACAAAUGCUUCAGAACAAGAAGGUUCCUCAGGACUUCAGCGCUCUGUCUGGAAACAAUGAUGGCUUACUCCAGAGGAUGUCAGGAGUCUUGCAGAGGUAUGGAGUUGACCCCAGAGAGCUCAGUCAAGAGCAGCUCUACAAGCUAGCCCUCAUACUGCAGCUGCUGCAGGCCCAAGACAAAACAGAUCCAGUCGAGAAAGACCUCAUCACCCUUAAGGAGAUGCAGCUGUUAAAAACAGACACUGUGUCAAAUAAGCCACAGAAGCCCGCUCCUGCUCCCAGUCCUCCUGAUGCCCCUCCUGCCCCCUCUUCUGCCUCAGUCCCAGCUACACCUCCAGCCAAGAGCCUUCCUCCCUCUGCCUCCCAGCGUCCUCAGGCCGCUCCUGCAGAAGCUGGCCAAGGCUUGAAGGAGCAGAGACCGCCGCUUAUUGAUGGUACAGGAGCCAAGGAGGAGUAUGGGUACAUUGUCACCAACCAGAGUCAUCUGAGUCUGUAUGAUGGAGUGAAGCUGUUGGAGCUACUGGCUGAUAAGAUACACCUGACAACCAGCAGCUUCAUCAACAUCAGUGUGGUGGGUCCGGCGCUGACGUUCCGUAUCCGGCAGAAUGAACACAACAUGACGGCUGCAGAGGUGGCUGCUAAGGCUGUAUCUGAAAAGAACUUCCUGGAGUCUCAGACAGGCCUGAAGAUUGUACAGACUGGCGUGGGAGAGAGGACAGAUGCACGGGGUCUUCCUCAGGUAACCAGGGUUUCCCAGGGCUCCAGUGGGACAGUUAUCACCCUUGUUUCCAUGGCAGUCGUAGGAGGCGUGCUGGUAUUGGCCAUGGCAGUAGCUUGUCUCAGGCACUAUGCUCAGCAAGUGGCCAAUGGCAAGCUUGGCCUGGGGCCAGAGGGAGGAGCAGAAACUCACUUUGACUACCAGGAGCUAUGUCGGCAGCACAUGGCUUCCAAAUCCUCCUUGUGCCGCCAGGACUGUGUGGGCGGGGUGAGCAGCGGCAUGGCGGGGUCUGCCAUAGGCACGGGUGCUGGUGGUCGACGGGGUACGGACACAUCUCGUGUCAGCAGCGUUUCUUCUCAGUUCAGUGAUGGGCCCCAGCACAGCCCAUCCUCCACCCACAGCUCUACACCGUCCUGGAGCGAAGAGCCAGCCCAGUCUAAUAUGGACAUCUCUACUGGUCACAUGAUACUGGCAUAUAUGGAGGAUCACCUGCGUAAUAAGGACCGCCUUCAGAAGGAGUGGGAAGCUUUGUGCUCCUACCAGGCUGAACCCAGUUCAGUAGCUGUGGCUCAAGCCCCAAGCAACAUGGACAAAAACAGACACGCUGAAUCCCUCCCCUAUGAUCACUCUCGGGUGAAGCUGAAGACUGAAGCACACCCCAAUAAACAAGAUUACAUCAACGCAAGCAUCAUUUUUGAUCAUGACCCCCGCCAACCAGCUUAUAUUGCCACACAGGGACCUCUGCCCCACACUGUGGCUGAUUUCUGGCAGAUGGUUUGGGAAAACGGCUGCACAGUGAUAGUGAUGAUGACGGCCCUGGUGGAGGAUGGAGAGAAGCAGUGCGAGCGAUACUGGCCUGAUGAAGGCUCAUCACUCUACCACAUCUACGAGGUGAAUCUGGUGUCAGAGCACAUCUGGUGUAAGGACUUCCUGGUGCGCAGCUUCUACCUGAAGAACGUCCAGACGCAGGAGACCAGAACCUUGACGCAGUUCCACCUGCUGAGCUGGCCGGCUGACGGCAUUCCCACCUCCACGAGACCGCUGCUCGACUUCCGCAGGAAGGUGAAUAAAUGCUACAGAGGUCGUUCCUGCCCAAUCAUCGUUCACUGCAGUGACGGCACUGGCAGGACUGGCACGUACAUCCUCAUUGACAUGGUGCUGAACCGUAUGGCCAAAGGAGUGAAGGAGAUUGACAUCGCCGCCGCACUGGAGCACAUCAGAGACCAGAGACCUGGCUUGGUCCACACCAAGGACCAGUUUGAGUUUGCCCUGACAGCAGUAGCAGAGGAGGUGAAUGCCAUCUUGAAGGCCCUGCCACAGUGAGCUGCAGCAGCCGAGGACACACUGAGUACAUGCAAACAAAA